GUGAAUCCGCCUCCAUCCUCUCUGGUGGUCGCGCUAAUCUGUACAGCGGGAACCCCCCUUAGCUAGGCCGAGGCUCUUCUGUCUCCCGGAGCAGGAGUUAGCGCCUCGGCGCCACAGGGGUCUUUUUAAAUUCAGUCUAACUCGAUUCGGGGCCCGGGCCCUGAGCGCCGGCGGGACGCUGAUGGCUGGGGCUUGGGGGAAGUGGUGGAGGGAGAACCUGCUUGUGGGAGAAAGCGAGGUUUAAGGGGACCGCACGUGUGGUGAGCCUGCGGGCCUGAGAGUGUCUCGGUCCUGGAGAAAGGGAGAGGUCUGGGAAGGAGGCUGAGAACUAGGCUGGCCAGAUGGCUCCCGCAAAGAAAGGUGGAGAGAAAAAGAAGGGACGUUCUGCAAUCAACGAGGUGGUGACCAGAGAAUAUACCAUCAACAUUCACAAGCGGAUCCAUGGAGUAGGCUUCAAAAAGCGAGCUCCCCGGGCUCUAAAGGAAAUCCGCAAAUUUGCCAUGAAAGAAAUGGGAACUCCUGAUGUGCGCAUUGACACUAGACUCAACAAAGCUGUUUGGGCCAAAGGAAUAAGGAAUGUCCCGUACCGUAUCCGAGUGCGUUUGUCCAGGAAACGCAAUGAAGAUGAAGACUCACCAAACAAGCUGUAUACUUUGGUUACUUAUGUGCCUGUCACUACUUUCAAAAGCUUACAGACAGUCAAUGUGGAUGAAAACUAAAUUGAACUUCAUAUAAAUAAAGUUUUAAAAUAUCAGCUACUA